AUUAAUGUAUAUUAGGAAGUUGCUUAGAGCAAUAUUUUAUUUAAGUUUUUGGGUGGAGUCCCCUUUAAUCCUCCUUGUGUUACUAUAAAGGGAAAGUUUGUGGUUACAGACAGCUCGUUGUGUCUUCUGGUUUUAUGCCUGGUAAGAGCUACAGAUGACAGCGUGGCUAUUUCUCCUCUCCGUAUGGCUAGUUCUCAUAGGGACCCAAGGAAGCCUGUUGGAGUUCGGACUAAUGACUAGACUCAUCACAGGGAGAGCACCAAUUAGAGGUUAUGCUUUCUACGGGUGUCACUGUGGGUUUGGGGGACAUGGCCCCCCUACAGAUGAAAUUGACUGGUGCUGCCAUGUGCACGAUUGCUGCUUUGACCGAAUGUCCGAAUUGGGGUGUAACCCUAAAUGGAGACGCUAUGAAUUCCGCAUCAAGAAUGGAACCGUGAGCUGUGACUCUCCGAAGAACAGCGAGUGCUCCCAGCAGGUGUGUGAGUGCGACCGGGAGGCGGUGCUCUGCUUCAAGCAACACAACAACAACUACUCCCAGCAGUACUCAGUGCAUGGAAGGAAUAAGUGUGUUGGACCCACUCCCGAGUGUUAGUUUCGCCCAACACUGACUUUGUGGGACACCCGCAUUGCUUGUUAUGUGCUUGUACUUUGUAAUAAAGCAAAGUCAUCUCCCA